AUAAAAACAGAAGAGGCCAGGGGACCCCAGACUGAGGCUGGGGCAGUGUUUGCAGACUCCAGCCCAGCCCCAGCUUGCAGGGUCCUCCAGUCCUGUGGCCCCUGACCCCAGGCUGGGAGGGUGCGGAUAAGAUCCAGAAUCUGGUCACUCCGGAAGGUGCGCUGACGUAGAACCAUGGUUAUUCUUCAGCAGGGAGACUACGUGUGGAUGGACCUGAAGUCAGGCCAGGAGUUUGAUGUACCCAUCGGGGCCGUGGUGAAACUCUGCGACUCUGGGCAGAUCCAGGUGGUGGAUGACGAAGGCAACGAGCAUUGGAUUUCCCCUCAAAAUGCCACGCACAUCAAGCCGAUGCACCCCACCUCCGUGCAUGGAGUGGAGGACAUGAUCCGCCUGGGGGAUCUCAACGAGGCGGGCAUUCUGCGCAACCUGCUCAUCCGCUACAGGGAGCACCUCAUCUAUACAUACACGGGUUCCAUCUUGGUAGCUGUGAACCCCUACCAGCUGCUCUCAAUCUACUCGCCAGAGCACAUCCGCCAGUACACCAACAAGAAGAUAGGGGAGAUGCCCCCCCACAUCUUCGCCAUUGCCGACAACUGCUACUUCAACAUGAAACGCAACAGCCGGGACCAGUGCUGUAUCAUCAGUGGGGAGUCAGGAGCAGGCAAGACCGAGAGCACGAAGCUGAUCCUGCAGUUCCUGGCGGCCAUCAGCGGACAGCACUCCUGGAUUGAGCAGCAGGUGCUGGAGGCCACUCCCAUCCUGGAAGCAUUUGGGAAUGCCAAGACCAUCCGCAACGACAACUCCAGCCGCUUUGGCAAGUACGUUGACAUCCACUUUAACAAGCGUGGUGCCAUCGAGGGUGCCAAAAUCGAGCAGUACCUGCUGGAGAAAUCACGAGUCUGCCGCCAGGCCCCUGACGAGAGGAACUACCACGUGUUCUACUGCAUGCUGGAGGGUAUGAAUGAGGAGCAGAAGAAGAAGCUGGGCCUAGGCCAGGCUGCUGACUACAAUUACUUGGCCAUGGGUAACUGCAUCACCUGUGAGGGCCGGGUGGACAGUCAGGAGUACGCCAACAUCCGCUCAGCCAUGAAGGUCCUCAUGUUCACGGACACGGAGAACUGGGAGAUCUCGAAGCUUCUGGCUGCCAUCCUGCACAUGGGCAACCUGCAGUAUGAGGCCCGGACAUUUGAAAACUUGGAUGCCUGUGAGGUCCUCUUCUCUCCGUCACUAGCCACAGCUGCUUCUCUGCUUGAGGUGAACCCCCCGGACCUGAUGAGCUGCCUCACCAGCCGCACCCUCAUCACCCGUGGGGAGACAGUGUCCACCCCCCUCAGCAGGGAGCAGGCGCUGGAUGUGCGGGAUGCCUUUGUCAAGGGCAUCUACGGACGUCUCUUCGUGUGGAUUGUGGAUAAGAUCAAUGCCGCCAUCUACAAACCUCCCUCCCAGGAAGUGAAGAACUCUCGCCGGUCCAUCGGCCUCCUGGACAUCUUCGGGUUUGAGAACUUCGCUGUGAACAGCUUUGAGCAGCUCUGCAUUAACUUUGCCAACGAGCACCUGCAGCAGUUCUUCGUGCGGCACGUGUUCAAGCUGGAGCAGGAGGAGUAUGACCUGGAGAGCAUCGACUGGCUGCACAUUGAGUUCACUGACAACCAGGAUGCACUCGACAUGAUCGCCAACCGGCCGAUGAACGUCAUCUCCCUCAUCGACGAGGAGAGCAAGUUCCCCAAGGGCACGGAUGCUACCAUGCUGCAUAAGCUGAAUUCGCAACACAGGCUCAACACCAACUACGUACCGCCCAAGAACAGCCACGACACCCAGUUUGGGAUCAACCACUUUGCGGGGAUUGUCUAUUAUGAGACUCAAGGCUUCCUGGAGAAGAACCGGGACACCUUGCAUGGGGACAUCAUUCAGUUGGUCCACUCUUCCCGGAACAAGUUCAUAAAGCAGAUUUUCCAGGCUGACGUUGCCAUGGGUGCGGAGACCAGGAAGCGCUCGCCCACACUCAGCAGCCAGUUCAAGCGGUCGCUGGAGCUGCUGAUGCGCACCCUGGGCGCCUGCCAGCCCUUCUUCGUGCGUUGCAUCAAACCCAAUGAGUUCAAGAAGCCCAUGCUCUUCGACCGGCACCUGUGUGUACGGCAGCUGCGAUAUUCGGGCAUGAUGGAGACUAUCCGCAUCCGGCGCGCAGGCUACCCCAUCCGCUACAGUUUUGUGGAGUUUGUGGAGCGCUACCGUGUGCUGCUGCCUGGGGUGAAGCCAGCAUACAAGCAGGGUGACCUCCGAGGGACAUGUCAGCGCAUGGCUGAGGCCGUGCUGGGCACACAUGAUGACUGGCAGAUUGGCAAAACCAAGAUCUUUCUAAAGGACCACCAUGACAUGCUGCUGGAGGUUGAGAGGGACAAGGCCAUCACAGACAGAGUCAUCCUCCUUCAGAAGGUCAUCCGGGGCUUCAAGGACAGGUCCAACUUCCUGAAACUGAAAAGUGCCGCCACACUGAUCCAGAGGCACUGGCGGGGGCACUACUGUAGAAGGAACUAUGAGCUGAUGCGGCUUGGCUUCCUGCGGCUACAGGCCCUGCACCACUCCCGGAAGCUGCAGCAGCAGUACCGCUUGGCCAGACAGCGCAUCAUCAAGUUCCAGGCCCGCUGCCGAGCCUACCUGGUGCGCAAGGCCUUCCGGCACCGCCUCUGGGCCGUGCUCACCGUGCAGGCUUAUGCCCGAGGCAUGAUUGCCCGCCGGCUACACAGGCGCCUCCGGGCCGAGUACCGGCGGCGUCUUGAGGCAGAAAAGAUGCGGCUGGCAGAGGAGGAGAAGCUCCGGAAGGAGAUGAGCGCCAAGAAAGCCAAGGAGGAGGCGGAGCGCAAGCAUCAGGAGCGUCUGGCCCAGCUAGCCCGUGAGGAUGCGGAGCGGGAGCUGAAGGAGAAGGAAGAGGCCCGGAGGAAGAAGGAGCUCCUGGAACAGAUGGAGAAGGCCCGCCAUGAGCCCAUCAGCCACUCAGAUAUGGUGGACAAGAUGUUUGGCUUCCUGGGGACUUCAAGUGGCUUGCCAGGCCAGGAGGACCAAGCACCUAGCGGCUUUGAGGACCUGGAGCGAGGGCGGAGGGAGAUGGUGGAGGAGGACGUGGAUGCAGCCCUACCCCUGCCUGACGAGGAUGAGGAGGACCUCUCUGAGUACAAAUUCGCCAAAUUUGCUGCCACGUACUUCCAGGGCACGACCACACACUCCUACACCCGGAGGCCCCUCAAGCAGCCGCUGCUCUUCCAUGAUGAUGAGGGUGACCAGCUGGCGGCGCUGGCUGUCUGGAUCACCAUCCUCCGGUUCAUGGGGGACCUGCCGGAGCCCAAAUACCACACAGCCAUGAGCAACGGCAGCGAGAAGAUCCCGGUGAUGACUAAGAUCUACGAGACCUUGGGCAAGAAGACGUACAAGAGGGAGCUGCAGGCCCUGCAGGGUGAGGGCGAGCUCCCCGAGGGGCAGAAGAAGACCAGCGUGAGACACAAGUUGGUACACUUGACCCUGAAGAAGAAGUCCAAACUCACAGAGGAGGUGACCAAAAGACUGCAUGACGGGGAAUCCACAGUGCAGGGCAACAGCAUGCUAGAGGACCGGCCUACCUCAAACCUGGAGAAGCUGCAUUUCAUUAUCGGCAACGGCAUCCUGCGGCCUGCACUGCGGGAUGAGAUUUACUGCCAGAUCAGCAAGCAGCUCACACACAACCCAUCCAAGAGCAGCUACGCCAGGGGCUGGAUCCUCGUGUCUCUCUGCGUGGGCUGCUUCGCCCCCUCCGAGAAGUUUGUUAAGUACCUAAGGAACUUCAUCCACGGGGGCCCACCUGGCUACGCGCCGUACUGUGAGGAGCGCCUGAGGAGGACCUUUGUCAAUGGAACUCGGACACAGCCACCCAGCUGGCUGGAGCUGCAGGCCACCAAGUCCAAGAAGCCCAUCAUGUUGCCUGUGACCUUCAUGGACGGGACCACUAAGACUCUGCUGACGGAUUCCGCAACCACCGCCAAGGAGCUGUGCAACGCUCUGGCUGACAAGAUCUCACUCAAGGACCGCUUUGGGUUCUCCCUCUACAUCGCCCUGUUUGACAAGGUGUCCUCCCUGGGCAGCGGCAGUGACCACGUCAUGGAUGCGAUCUCCCAGUGUGAGCAGUAUGCCAAGGAGCAGGGAGCACAGGAGCGUAACGCGCCGUGGAGGCUCUUCUUUAGGAAAGAGGUCUUCACACCCUGGCACAACCCCUCGGAGGACAACGUGGCCACCAAUCUCAUCUACCAGCAGGUGGUGCGAGGAGUCAAGUUUGGGGAGUACCGGUGUGAAAAGGAGGAUGACCUGGCUGAGCUGGCCUCCCAGCAGUACUUUGUGGACUACGGUUCUGAGAUGAUUCUGGAGCGUCUGCUGAGCCUGGUACCCACUUAUAUCCCUGACCGUGAGAUCACAUCCCUGAAGACUCUUGAGAAGUGGGCACACCUGGCCAUUGCUGCCCACAAGAAGGGAAUUUAUACCCAGAGGAGAACGGAUGCCCAGAAGGUCAAAGAGGAUGUGGUCAAUUAUGCCCGCUUCAAGUGGCCUUUGCUCUUCUCCAGGUUUUAUGAAGCCUACAAAUUCUCAGGCCCUCCCCUCCCCAAGAGUGACGUCAUCGUGGCUGUGAACUGGACAGGCGUCUACUUCGUGGACGAGCAGGAGCAGGUGCUUCUGGAGCUGUCCUUCCCAGAGAUCAUGGCUGUAUCCAGCAGUAGGGGAGCGAAAAUGAUGGCCCCUAGCUUUACGCUGGCCACCAUCAAAGGGGACGAGUACACCUUCACGUCUACCAAUGCCGAGGACAUCCGUGACCUGGUGGUCACCUUUCUGGAGGGGCUGCGGAAGAGGUCCAAGUAUGUGGUAGCAUUGCAAGACAACCCCAACCCUGCUGGCGAGGAGUCCGGCUUCCUCGGCUUUGCCAAGGGCGACCUCAUCAUCCUGGACCAUGACACUGGAGAGCAGGUCAUGAACUCGGGCUGGGCCAACGGCAUCAACGAGAGGACCAAGCAGCGUGGGGACUUCCCCACUGACUGUGUAUACGUCAUGCCCACUGUCACCCUGCCGCCACGGGAGAUUGUGGCCCUGGUCACCAUGACCCCAGACCAGAGGCAGGAUAUGGUCCGGCUCUUGCAGCUGCGCUCCGCAGAGCCAGAGGUGCGCGCCAAGCCCUACACACUGGAGGAGUUCUCCUACGAUUACUUCAGACCCCCACCCAAGCACACGCUGAGUCGGGUCAUGGUGUCCAAGGCCCGCGGUAAGGACCGGCUGUGGAGUCACACGCGAGAGCCGCUCAAGCAGGCCCUGCUCAAGAAGAUCCUGGGCAGCGAGGAGCUAUCCCAGGAAGCCUGCAUGGCCUUCAUAGCUGUGCUCAAGUACAUGGGUGACUACCCCUCCAAGAGGAUGCGUUCUGUCAAUGAACUCACUGACCAGAUCUUUGAGGGGGCACUGAAGGCUGAACCCCUCAAAGAUGAGGCCUACGUGCAGAUCCUGAAGCAGCUGACUGACAACCACAUCAGGUACAGUGAAGAGCGGGGCUGGGAGCUGCUAUGGCUGUGCACGGGCCUCUUCCCCCCCAGCAACAUCCUCCUGCCCCACGUGCAGCGUUUCCUGCAAUCCCGCAAGCACUGCCCACUUGCCAUCGACUGCCUGCAGCGGCUGCAGAAAGCGCUGAGGAAUGGGUCCCGGAAGUACCCUCCACAUCUGGUGGAGGUGGAGGCCAUCCAGCACAAGACAACCCAGAUUUUCCACAAGGUCUACUUCCCCGAUGACACUGACGAGGCUUUUGAGGUGGAGUCCAGCACCAAGGCCAAGGACUUUUGCCAGAAUAUUGCCAGCCGGCUGCUCCUCAAGUCUUCCGAGGGAUUCAGCCUGUUUGUCAAGAUUGCAGACAAGGUCAUCAGUGUCCCCGACAACGACUUCUUCUUUGACUUCGUCCGACACCUGACAGACUGGAUAAAGAAAGCACGGCCCAUCAAGGAUGGAAUCGUGCCCUCGCUCACCUACCAGGUGUUCUUCAUGAAGAAGCUGUGGACCACCACAGUGCCGGGCAAGGACCCCAUGGCCGACUCCAUCUUCCACUAUUACCAGGAGUUGCCCAAGUAUCUCCGAGGCUACCACAAGUGCACGCGGGAGGAGGUGCUGCAGCUGGGUGCCCUCAUCUACAGGGUCAAGUUUGAGGAGGACAAGUCCUACUUCCCUAGCAUCCCCAAGUUGCUAAGGGAGCUGGUACCCCAGGACCUCAUCCGGCAGGUCUCACCGGAUGACUGGAAGCGGUCCAUCGUCGCCUACUUCAACAAGCACGCAGGGAAGUCCAAAGAGGAGGCCAAGCUGGCUUUCCUGAAGCUCAUCUUCAAGUGGCCCACCUUCGGCUCAGCCUUCUUCGAGGUGAAGCAAACUACAGAACCAAACUUCCCUGAGAUUCUCUUAAUUGCCAUCAACAAGUACGGGGUCAGCCUCAUCGAUCCCAGAACCAAGGACAUUCUGACUACUCACCCCUUCACCAAGAUCUCCAACUGGAGCAGCGGCAACACCUACUUCCACAUCACCAUUGGGAACCUGGUCCGUGGGAGCAAACUGCUCUGUGAGACGUCGCUGGGCUACAAAAUGGAUGAUCUUCUGACUUCCUACAUCAGCCAGAUGCUCACAGCCAUGAGCAAACAGAGGAGCUCCAGGAGCGGCAGGUGAACAGCAGAGGAGGUGCCAGCCUGGCCCUGGCCGUCUGACCGCAUCUGCUAGGCUCUAGCCUGUCUGCCAGGAGGUCAGAACCUCCCUGCCCCCACCCUCCUCUGGUGCCCGGGCUCACUUCACCCUGCUCUGCUGUGCCUCCUGGUGUACGACCCUCUGUUCCCUGCACACCUCUCCUGAUCCAGACCCGCUCCAUUAAGCGGUCUGUGACUUUCUGUGUACUGAUGGGAGCUGGGAACAACCUAACCAUGUGUGCACUGAACUGACGCUUUGAAACCCUGGGGCCUGGGCUCAGGGUCCUUGGCAAUGGCCCCUGCCAUGAGCGCUACCACUGGGGCCUGCCUGGAAGACUCCUUCAGUGUUACCUGCUCCAGGAAGCUCUCCUAGACUACUUCCUGGGUCUGGACAAAGGCUCCUGGUUCUACCGGGGUCACUUCUCUGUGUGACAGCUGCAUGCUGGGUCCCUGUGAAAAUCUCCCUGACCACCUAAGGGCAUAA